UCUGUAAAACAAAGCAGCAGACACCAUGAGCUCCAUUCACUGCAGAGACAGGUCACACAACAUACUUUCUGCUCUGUUUGUGGCUCAGAAAGCUGUGGUUUGUUUUUGCAUUGAGGAUGUGUGUGUGUGCAUGGGUUUGUGUUGAGGAAGCGCUCAUGCGAAGGCGCGGGGAUCUGAGAAACUAAACUGGAAUUUGGCGACAUGGUUUGGAUGUGCUCUAGGGGCCGCGUUACUGAAAAUCACACCUGUUUUUAGUGAGGACGCCCCCUGUAGAGAAGAAUAAUUCACAAACAAAGGAAGUCAUGUCUUUGUUUAUAUUUAAAAACUACAAACAAUAUCUUGAAGGGCUUGUGGCUGUGCAGUAAAUGCAUGAAUUAUAUAAUUAUAGCAUAGAUGUCAAAAAGAAUUAUAUAGAUGUCAAUGUGUGUGCCUGUGUGUGACGUGCUCCUCAUCCCUCAUUCUGCAUGUUAAAUUUCUGUAACGUUUGUUUUUGCAAGUGUUUAUAUAGGUUGAUUCCAUUGAUGCAUAUACUGAAAGCGGAUAUAUGGCCUUAUAUUCUUAUAUAUUUCUCAAGACAUACAUUUACAUACAUAUGUUCAAGACAUAUAUUGUAAAAUAUACAGUAUAAUACACAAUAUUAACCCGACAGUGGGAAUUUAAGUUGUUCUUAGAAAUCUGUAUGAUUUAUUCAUUACGAUACAUUUAUUCAUUAUGCAUUUGCAUAAAUCAUGUGAAAACAGGCAAUUGUGUAGUACACUCAUCAUUAUUUUAAAAAGAGACAAACCCAACCGUUGGGUUAUGAAUUCAGGUUGUUUCAGCCAACGGUUGGGUUACGUAUAUUUACGUUAUAAACGCUGUUGCACAACGAUUGCAUACUGUGCUGUCAAAGGGAUAGCUCACCUAAAAAUUAACAUUCUGUCUUCAUUUACUCACUCACAAAGAAAGAUAUUUGGAAGAUUUGUUUGUUAGCAAUUGGCAUUUCUGGGGCACCACUAACCAUCACAGUAAAAAAAUAUUGCAUAAUUGUUUUGUUCUGUUGAAAAUGAUAGAAGAUAUUUUUAAUAAUUGAGGAAAACUAACAGUUCUGGGGCACCUUUGACUUACAUUUUUACUACUUUGGUAUUCAAUGGUGCUCCAGAAAUGUCAGUUGCUAACAAUUCUUCCAAAUAUCUUUCUUUGUGUUCAACCGAACAACGAGGUUACAUAAUUCAUGACAGAAUUUUCAUUUUUGGGUGAACUGUUCCUUUAAGAUUUGCAAAACCCAGUGACAAACAUAAAAGGUGACUAAUAACAACUAUUUAUGGCAAAAGAUAAAAAUAUGGAGAUAUGAGAUUUCAGAACGGCAGCAGCGAUAGGCCUACGCAGUUUUUGUGUUCUGAAACUAGUUUAGAUCUUUACGUAUCAUGAUGUGGUCGAUGAUAUUUCUGUUGUCAUGGAGCUGAAAAACCAGAACAUUGUGCUGUAGUUCUUGUAAGCAAAUGCUUUCAUCCUCCGUAUUAGCAUGACUAAAGCAAUGACAGAAAUACUGUCGCCAGCACCCCUCCAUCCUCAUGCCUUCUGUCUCUCGCUGUCUCUUGAGUCUUUCAACAAAUGAGUGGUUUUCUCUCUCUCACUUUAGAUACCUUCCCAGAGAUCUUUGCAGCAUCUUCGAGGUGGUUUUUGCAGCUGAAGUCAUAUAUCUCAGUAUGGAAGGGGUUCUGAAUGAAUGGGAGGAGAUGAUGAUGAGGAAGAUCUAACAGACUCAUGACAGAGGAUUUUGGAGGGUUUAUUUUAGUCUGAAAUCAUCAUCAGAUUGGGGCAGAUUGUUUGUGCUGUAGAACUUAAUACACCAUUAUGUUGCUGCUGGCUGUUGUGUGCAUGUUGUGUCGCUGGAGUCCAGCCACGUUGGUGGGUGGUGUGGGAUCAGUAUCGAACUGCAUACCACGGAAAACAGUGUCUCUUAAGAGCAAUGGAGGACAUUCAUUUCGCGAGGAGGGUGUUUUGAACUACACCACGAUGCUGUUGAGGGAAGAUCUCAAUCUGCUCAUCCUGGGUGCCAGAGAGGCUAUUUUUGCCCUCGAUCUAGAUGAUAUCACAUUCAAGAAGGCCAUGGUGAAGUGGCAAGUCACAGACAAGCAGAAAGACGAAUGUGUCAAAAAAGGAAAAGAUGCUACGAACGAAUGUAAAAAUUAUAUUAGGAUUCUUCAUAAAAAGGACGAUGGCACGAUGUACGUUUGUGGAACCAAAGCAUUUAACCCGACCUGUGGCUAUUUGUCUUGGGCUGGUGGACAGCUGGUUUUGGAGGACACACAAGAAGACGGGAAAGGAAAAUGUCCAUUCGACCCUUUUCAGGGUUACACAUCUGCGCUGGUCGAAGGAGUGCUGUACUCCGCCACAUCAAUGAAUUUUCGUGGCUCAGAGCUCGCCAUGAUGCGCAGUUCAGACGAAAUCAUACGCACAGAUGCUACAGCUAACUGGCUCAGUGAACCGAAUUUCAUCCAUAUGGCUCACAUGCCGGAGAGUGAAAACAACCCAGAGGGAGACGAUGACAAGAUCUAUCUCUUCUUCACUGAAGCAGCAGUGGAAUAUGACUCCUACAGCAAGGUGGACGUCUCUCGGGUGGCCCGCGUGUGCAAGGGGGACUUGGGUGGCCAGAGGACACUCCAAAGAAAGUGGACAUCUUUCCUGAAAGCGAGGCUCGACUGUUCUGUACCAAACACCAAGCUGCCUUAUCUGGUCCAGGAUGCGUUUCACCUGUGCCCUGGCAACUGGACCACUUGCGUUUUUUAUGUGGUCUUCACCCCACAAUCGGACUCCUCUCAAUCCUCUGCGGUGUGUGCGUAUGGAAUCGAAGACAUCAAGGCCGUGUUCUCAAAAGGCAAGUUUAAGGUGCCUGUUAACAUGGAGACGUCAUUUGUGAAGUGGUUGGUGUACACAUCUGAUCUGCCUGACCCCCGACCCGGAGCAUGCAUUGAUGAUUAUGCCAGAUCAAAGGGAAUCACUAAGUCACUGGAGCUGCCGGAUAAAACACUGCAGUUUAUUAAAGACAACCAUCUGAUGGACCAGGAAGUUAAGCCUCUAGGAAAGCGCCCCCUGCUGGUGAGGACAGGCGCCGCUUUUACCAGAAUUGUGGUGGCCACUACGACUGACCGGAACGGAGAUAGCCAUCACGUCAUGUUCAUCGGCACAAAGAGCGGAUCGGUGCUGAAAGCUGUGAAUUAUGAUGGAGAGAUGGUCAUCAUGGAGGAGAUUCAACUCUUUGAAUCCUCACAGCCCAUCAAGAUCUUACGACUUUCCAACACCACGCAGCAGUUGUAUGCGGGUUCAGAUGCAGGCGUGGUGCAGGUGUCAGUUAGCGAGUGUGGGCGGUAUCACACCUGUCUGGACUGCAUCCUGGCAAGAGAUCCGUACUGCGGCUGGGACCUCGACACAGACCGCUGCUCUACCGUAAACACCUCACACAGAGACAGUUCUGUGAUUCAGAGUGUAAAGGAGGGAAACGCCAGUAGAUGUCCACAAUUAGAUGACAGUAAACCAGUGAACAUCUCAUUUUUCCUCGGCAAUACCGUGAAACUUUGGUGCCAGCCGUAUUCCAACCUGGCACAGGUAGAAUGGCAGGUGAACGAACGACCGAUCACAGCUUCAAAGACCUUCCAGAUCCUCUCAGACGGACUGAUGAUCUUCAACGCCUCAAUGGACGACUGCGGCCACUACACCUGCGAUUCCAUCGAAACCCUCCUCCACCAGAAAUACAGAACACGGCACGUCGCGUACGAUCUGAAACCGUGGGCAGGAACUGGAACUACAGCAUCACUGCAUGACGUUCGAGAAAAACAAAACUCCUUAAUAGCCACGGUAGUGAUCUUGACACUGACGUUGGUUGGGCUAGUCAUUUGGAAUCUAUACAAAGGUCAUCUACCAUUGCCGUGCUGUUCUAGGGGUCCGAUGAACAGGUCUGAAGUCGACCACGUCGAUGGUAACCGAACUGAAGACCAUCAACUAGCAUCAUCAAGGAACAAGAACAGCAAUAACAACCAUUUAAAUGACCGGCGAUGUUCUGACUUUAAAGAAACCGACAGACUGGCAACCAUGACCGGUUCCACAGUUCAGGUCUCAUUGCAAUAUAUAGAUAAUGAAUCUGAGAUUUGACUCGCUAAUGUAACGCUUAGGCUUUUGUUCAGCACACCAAGCCCAAUGGUGCGGGUUUCUUUUUGCAGUUAUAAAAUCUGACUAAACAUAUAGUCUAAAUGAUUUUGUGUCCUUGAAUGAACAUUCGCUCCUAAUGUCAUUCUUCAAUCCUUAAACAGGGCCUACAGACAGUUGCAACGAUAACAAUGCUUUCUCAAGACAUUUGGGAGUUUUAAGGCAGUACAUUGUCUUGUUAAAAACCUGAAAUGGGCAUAACCGUCACCUCUAUGACAUGUUGCCUUCGAUGGAAAUUCCAGAUGAGCAAGAAUGAACGUCCUGUAUUUCAAAGACGUGCAGCUUUUAACACACUGGAUUAAAACAGAAAAGAAUGACUGUUCUGUUAAAGAUACAGAUUAACAAGACUUCAGUCAGAGUCAUUUGCAUUGAAACUUUGAUUCAAUGCAAAAUUGUUCAAUGCUUUGUACGGUUUUAGGGUCUUUUAUCACAUGAACCCAUUUCUUAAAGCAGUGUUUUCAAACUUUUGGUGACCUGGAAUGAUGAACAUUAAUGUUUACAACCUAUAAAACACAUGACAUAUUUGUCCCUCAAAGCAACUAUUUAAGCAAAAACAAUUUAUUUUUCUUUUAAACGAACAAAAAAAAUGUAUCCUUAGGUCCCUAAUGUUUACUUUUAUACUUUUUAUACUAAGAAUAAAAAAUAGGAAAGAGGAAGAACAGUUGUUGUAGACAAAUCCAGGCAUUCGAAACGCAAACAAAAGGUUUCAAAUGAAUGAAAAACAAGUUUUGUGCCUGCUAUAUGAGAAAUGUACAAAACAGGAUUUCUAAACUGAUAUCUUCAAUAUACAAGUUUAUUCCAUUAAAACCCUUGUUCUCUCACUAACAGGGAUACAUGUGGCAUCAAUAAACAAAUACCCUGA